GGUAGCGAUCCCCGGCAAGGAGGAACAGGUCCGUGCACGGAUGGUCCCCCGAAGCAGAGAGCCCAGCGACCGCAAAGCGAUGGCAGCCACUACGCCGCCGCCUAGCGUCAACUAGGUUGACUUAAACAUGCCAUACAAAGGAGUUCGAAGGGCCGGGACGGGCGACACUUCACGGACCGUCCUCUCCUCUGUUUGUCAACCACAAGCAGAUCGGCGAGGCUUCAGUUCCGAAAUCGGCCGGCCGGUAGUGAUGCCGCCGCCGUUGCCUGUGGUGAUGCCGCCACCGCCGCCUGUACAGUCUGAGAAGCUUGUGGAUGGCGCUGGUGAGUCUGCGUCUGCACCAACUCUUCAAGAGCAAGAUGUUUCAUCUUUGGAGGUGAUUCUUGACACUACAUCAUCUGAAGUAUUAAUCACUGCCCAUUCAGGAACAGCGUCACAACACACCAGCACAUUGAUCUUUUCCACCACCUGCUGUGAGGAGCUUGUAGAAGCUGCUGCUGAGUUUGCAUCUGGACAAGCUCUGCAAGAUCCAGAUGUUGCAUCAUCGAAGGAAGAAUCGAUUACUGCAGGUCCACAAACAGCACCACAUGACACCGUUAAUGGCUCAUCUAGUGCUUUCCCAUCCACUUGUGAUAAGUUUGUGUCCAUACCUACGGUAACCCAACAGGACGACUUGGACAAGCUUUUCAGCAAGUUAACCAACGAGUUUCAUGGCAGUUCAUCAGAAGCGUCGAUCACUGCUAGUCCACGGACAUUGCCACACAACAUCACCAGCAGCUCUCUGCAAUCAGCUUCAUCCAUUGGAUCUAACAUUUUGAUCCGGCAUCCUCCAGAUUGCUUUCAGACGUUUUACAUUAGGAUGGACCGGAGGGGAUCUUUUUGUACUUACCCAGAUGUGGGUGGACCGUUUCACAGCGUACAUGAGGCUGAUGAUGCUAUUAAGCGCUUUCUCGAUGAACUGCGUCAUGGAGGAAGGUGCAAGGAGCAAGAUGCAUUUUCUCAUGGGGAUAGGAUGAAGCAGGAUUGUAAAUAUUUUCUUGAUGGUCCACCAAUAGAUCCCAAUUUGCGAAGGAGUAAGACUACCUAUGAUGAAGAACGAUAUUUGAUUGAAGCUUUACUGGACCGGAUCUUACAAGAUGCUUGUAAGAUCUUGCACAUCUGAUACACAAGAUAUGUGGCGUAGAACUAGGUAAGUUUUUUUUUACUUUGUUCUAACUUGUCCAUUUCCACAUUGCAAGAAAUAAUGAUUAAUUAAUGUUCAGAGUACUAGAUAGCCACAACCUUUUGUAUUUCAUGCCUUUUUUCUACUCAUGGGGUUCAUGCAAUGGAUAUACAUUACCCUUCAUUUACUAUUAAUAGCGAGGGUUCUUAUCUGAAUUAAGUGCAAGGAGCAAGAUGAAUUGUCUUACUUGGAUAGGAUGAUACUUAAUGGUCCACCAUAUCCCAGUUCAUCAAGUAGCAAGGUUACCUAUGAUGAAGAGCGAUAUUUGAUUCAAGCUUUAC